GCUGAGUUCAUCAUCUGCGGCGACGGUCAAUCUCUCAAAUUGAACAUCAAAGAAGUUCUCUUCACUAACGUCGGAAAAACCUUCUUAUAAGAUGGAAGUGGACACGCCACUGAUAUUCUGCAAUGCUUGCCUAGGAUCAACUGAUCCUGACUAUCAAACAUAUAACUUGACGGUCUCUGGAGUAAUCUUAGCUCUCGUCGGUGUUGUUGGUCUUGUUGGGAAUAUUCUCGUCGUCGCUGUGUAUACUCAUGAUGACCACAAGAAGCUUUCGACCUCGGUUUACCUGGCAGCACUUGCUUUCUCAGACUUCUUCUUAAUUUUCACUGCCAUGUUCCUCUUUGUGCUCGAAGCUUGGAGACAUCACAAUCACCCAUUGCUAGCAUGGGCUUAUGUCACUGGGGCACCUAUAGUGUUCCCAAUAGCGGCUGUCUUUCAAACAUCGUCAGUAUACUUCUGUGUAGCUGCAGCUGUGGACUGCUUCAUAGCCGUUGUCCUACCGGAAUCCGUCCGGCAGCUCUAUUGUACACCAAGGCGUGCAAAAGUGACGUGCACUUGUAUAAUGGUAAUCUGCUUUCUCUACAAUAUUCCACAUUUCUUCGAGCUCGAAAAGGUCCCCUGUAUAGCUAAUGAUGAAUCUGUAAGUGCACAGAUUUGUCCCACAGAUAUUCGUCUCGACCCGGCAUACUAUGCUAUCUACUACACUUAUAUGUACACUACAUUUUUGGCCAUUGGACCUUUGACUUUGCUGAUUCUACUCAACAUCUGUGUUGUAUACACUGUAUUGACGAGGAAAACCGAAUCAACAGAAGAAUCUGACACGAUGAGUCUCAUCCUUGUUGUAUUCUUUUUUAUCUUCUGCAACUUUACUGCACUACUAGUCAACUUCAUGGAAAUAAUUCUGAAUAAUCCGAACAUACUGGUCUACUUCGUCGACUUAUCGAAUUUACUGGUUGUAAUAAAUGGUACAGCAAAUUUCUUCUGCUAUUUGAUUUUUGGGGCUAGCUUCAGGCGCACACUGCAAAAGGUCUUGAGCAAUCCAUGGACAAAACCGAAAGUAAUCUGGACAAUCAGUGAUAGCGAGAAGGCUCCUGACUCGCACCACACCCUUCUCUGAGAAGAGGGCAUCUACUUUGUACGCAAAUUCAACGUCUUUUCGAAAACGGGAUGCAGCACUUCAGCAGCUACGUCAAUGAAUUAUGUGUGGAAUCUAUCACCGUUCAAUCGGGUUACUUAGAUAUGCUAUUUGAAUCAUGUACACAUAGAGAUUCUGACUUUGAAUGCGUAAUGCUAUAGCAUAGAACCUGCAGCAGAGACCAUAAUGGCCUUAUAUGAAUGGUGUAUCACAUAAUGUAAAAACGUAAGCAUAUAGGCUCAUGUUACCGGCACAAGAGAAUGCUCGAUAAGUUGGAAUAGAGCACAUACUGUCACUGUGCUGAAUGUUUUACGGCGAAUCUUCCUUCAAC